GGAUAAUUUUAACGGAGAAGGAUUAUAUUUAAAUCUAAAAUAUAACGAUAGGAAUAUAUUUGAAUUCAAAGUAUAACGGAGGAUAUAUUUGGGGCUUUUUUUAAUAGUACGGGUGUAUAUUUGGCCAUUUUUCAAUAGUACGGGGUAUAUUCGGCCCUUUUCCGUUUUUAUUUUCCUUGUCCUGCUCUACCGCUCACUUUUCUUCUGACUCAAAAUUCAAGCUUGGCAGACUCAAGUUUCCUAAUUCAGCUUUUGAAGCCCCAAAAAUCAAGAAUUCGGAAAAUUUGUUCAUAGUUCUCAGACCUGGUUGAAUUUUAUAGUGGUUAUCUGAAGGUCAAGUAGAGGGGAUAACUCAAAAUACUAAAGGUAGAAACCAUCAGCUUGAAAGAACUACACAUGGACAAGAGUGCUAGUCUUGAAGCUGGAGAGGGCAGAAAUAGCGUUGAACUCGUGAAAUCAGCCUCUGAGAAACAUCUUGACCUUUUGAGGCCAACAGCCCGAUAUUAUUCAGCAUUUAAAGGGCAAGGAGGUGAUGCAGAAGAUCGUGAGAAGGGAAAGUAUACGUUGAUUAGAGAUGUAGAGGACCUUCAAACAGGGUUCUAUGAUAAACCUCUUCCUUGCUUUGGUUGUGGAGUCGGAUGGUUUUCAUUUCUACUGGGAUUUCUAUGCCCGUUGAUGUGGUAUUAUGCCACAAUACUUUAUUUCGGAAACUACUACCGUAAGGAUCCUAGAGAACGUGCCGGGCUUGCUGCAUCUGCUAUUGCUGCAAUGGCGUGUUCUGUUGUGUUGCUAAUUAUAGCAGCAGCUCUCUUCUUGUAGCUUCUGCUAUGCCAGUUUCAUACUAGCCAUAGCCAAGAUGUCAGAAUUGUGCUGUUGCUUGCUUUGUAGUCAAGUCAAAAGCCAUUACUCGGAUCCAAAUUCUCAAAUUGUAAAUGCUCUUA